AUGAACAAAAGUGAUAUAUUACUAUUGAAUUGGGACGAGUCGAUGGUGACUCGUGACCUAAAUUAUACAUACUAUAAUUUAACUUACAAUGUGAAUCGAACAUCCGACGAUUUAUGGGAUUUAGCAAGUGAUCGUGCAGUAUUAGCCGUGAUAUUAAUAUUGUUUUCGAUGGCAACUAUUUUUGGCAACAGCCUAGUGAUAUUAGCAGUUAUCCGUGAACGUUAUUUACAUACAGCAACAAAUUACUUUGUAACUUCAUUAGCAUUCGCUGACUGUCUAGUAGGGCUCGUUGUAAUGCCAUUUAGCGCAAUUUAUGAAGUACUAGAAAAUCGUUGGUUAUUUACAACAGAUUGGUGUGACGUGUGGCGAUCAUUGGACGUUUUGUUUUCGACUGCUUCAAUUUUGAAUCUAUGCGUAAUUAGUUUAGAUCGCUAUUGGGCAAUUACUGAUCCAUUUACUUAUCCCAUGCGUAUGAGUCGAAAACGGGCGGCAAUAUUGAUAGCUAUUGUAUGGAUUUGUUCAAGUGCAAUAUCAUUUCCUGCGAUAGCAUGGUGGCGUGCUGUACGUACGGAAAUAGUGCCAAAAGAUAAAUGUCCAUUUACAGAAAAUUUGGGGUAUUUAAUAUUUUCAUCAACAAUUAGCUUUUAUUUACCGUUAUUUGUUAUGGUGUUCACUUAUUAUCGUAUUUAUCGGGCUGCUGUUAUUCAAACACGCAGUCUUAAGCUUGGCACAAAACAAGUCAUGAUGGCGUCUGGUGAAUUAGAACUUACAUUAAGGAUACAUCGUGGGGGCGCCACUAAUACUGAUGCAAGACAUCUGUUUCGUACAGCAUCAAGUACCCCAGAAGACAUACAAGACAUGGAAGAACCACUUACGCUACACAACAAUGGUCUCACUCGGAUACCAUCAACAAAAAUAAAUAACAAACAGAAUUUGGGAAAAAAUUUUUCACUAUCACGUAAAUUAGCAAAAUUUGCCAAAGAAAAAAAAGCUGCAAAAACACUGGGAAUUGUCAUGGGUGUUUUCAUUAUUUGCUGGUUACCAUUUUUCGUAGUCAAUUUACUAUCUGGAUUCUGUUCAAGGUGUAUUUGGAAUGAGGAAAUGGUUUCCGCAGCAGUAACAUGGUUGGGAUGGAUUAACAGUGGAAUGAAUCCAGUUAUCUACGCCUGUUGGAGCCGUGAUUUCAGAAGGGCAUUUGUAAGGAUAUUAUGCGUCUGCUGUCCAAGGAAGAUGAGAAGGAGAUAUCAACCUGCCUUUAGAUGCAAACCUAGUCAGUAUGUAGGUGGAAUUGGACCAGCUCAAACAAGUAGCGUAAGUUACAGUAGUGUAUCACAAAGCAGUGAUGGAGGUGUCUACAGUGGAGUAACGACAUCAAGUACACUGUCUUCGAAUUCUGGAACUUGACGUCAGGCAGGGCCCAAAUUAGGGCCUAAACG